CUCAGGUGAAACUCUACAAAUAGAGGACUGUCUCCGUCCGUCCCCACCAAAACCCCAAACGCAAAAUCCCCUCAGUACGCAAUUCACCUGAAAACCAGUUUCCGACUAUGGCUUUUCAAUCGAAGAAACUCAUCAAUAACCCUAACGAUGUGGUGACUGAACUUAUUGAGGGUCUUGUUGAAACCUAUCCGGGUCUUGAGUACUUAGAUGGUUUCCCUGAGGUGAGGGUUGUAUUACGCGCUGAUGUUUCGGGUGCAACAUAUGACAAGGUUGCAGUCAUUUCAGGAGGUGGAAGUGGGCACGAACCUGCACACGCUGGAUUUGUGGGAGAAGGGAUGCUGACAGCUGCCAUAUGUGGAGAUGUUUUUACUGCUCCACCAGUUGAUUCUAUCUUAGCUGGUAUUCGAGCUGUAACUGGUCCUAUGGGAUGUCUUCUGAUUGUGAAGAAUUACACUGGUGAUCGUUUGAAUUUUGGUUUGGCUGCUGAACAAGCAAAAUCUGAAGGUUAUAAAGUAGAAACUGUUAUUGUUGGAGAUGAUUGUGCUUUGCCUCCACCUCGGGGCAUUGCUGGACGGAGAGGUUUGGCAGGAACUAUUCUUGUUCAUAAGGUUGCUGGAGCUGCUGCUGCUGUGGGUCUUCCUCUUGCUGAUGUUGCUUCAGAGGCAACACGAGCAUCUGAGAUGGUUGGAACCAUGGUGGUUGCAUUAUCUGUUUGCACAUUGCCUGGUCAGGUCACAUCUGAUCGUUUGGGCCCAGGAAAGAUGGAACUUGGCCUUGGAAUUCAUGGGGAACCUGGUGCUGCUGUGGUGGACAUUCAGCCAGUUGAUGUGGUAGUUUCUCAUGUUCUUAAUCAAAUAUUAUCAUCGGAAACUAAUUAUGUACCUAUAACUCGAGGUAAUGCUGUGGUGCUCAUGAUAAAUGGCUUGGGCGCUACUCCUGCGAUGGAACUGAUGAUUGCAGCAGGCAAAGCAGUCCCUAAAUUGCAGCUGGAAUUUGGGCUUGCUGUUGAAAGAGUGUAUACAGGAUCAUUUAUGACCUCUCUUGACAUGGCAGGUUUCUCAAUCUCCAUAAUGAAGGCAGAUGAACCUCUUUUGCAUCGUCUGGAUGCUUCAACUAAGGCUCCACAUUGGCCUGUUGGUACUGCCGGUAAUCGACCACCUGCUAAGAUUCCUGUCCCACUGCCACCGUCUCGUUCAACAAAGAGCGAGGAGACAUUGAAUCGAUCAGAACAGCUCAAUCAGCAAGGCCGUAUUCUUGAAAUGGCUAUAGAAGCAGCAGCUAAUGCAAUUAUCGACCUAAGGGACAAAUUGAACGAAUGGGAUGGCAAAGUUGGUGAUGGUGACUGUGGAUCCACAAUGCAUAGAGGUGCAACUGCAAUCUUGGAUGAUAUGAAAAAGUGUUAUCCUCUGAAUGAUGCUGCAGAAACAGUGAACGAAAUUGGAUCAUCAAUUGGAAGAGUUAUGGGAGGGACAAGUGGAAUCAUAUACAACAUAUUUUGUAAGGCAGCAUAUGCAAAGUUGAAAGAAAAUUCUGAUUCAAGUGUCACAGCGAAACAUUGGGCUGAAGCACUUGAUGCUGCCAUUUCUGCAGUCAGUAAAUAUGGCGGUGCGAAUGCUGGUUAUCGUACGUUAUUAGAUGCCCUUAUUCCUGCAUCAGCAGUUCUUACAGAGAGGAUAAGUGCUGGUGAGGAUCCAUCAACUGCAUUUGUUCUUUCAUCAGAAAUAGCAUUGGAGGGAGCUGAAUCAACUAAACACAUGCAGGCACAGGCUGGGCGAUCAACCUAUGUCUCUGCAGAACACCUUUCAUCCGUUCCAGACCCAGGUGCAAUGGCUGCAGCUGCAUGGUACCGAGCAGCAGCCUUAGCCGUGAAGGACAAACAUCAGGCUCCAUGAGCCACCUUUUUCCAAAAGUUCAUCCUCCUUUUUCCAGAUGCCGAUUCACAAGCACUCAUCUUUGUGAUUUUGAGGACACUAACUGAUUUAGCUUUCCGCUUAUGUUUUUGUUUUUUUUAAUGCAUAAAGCUGAGAGAGCAAGUUUCAUUCAUAUUCAUCUAUAUUUUUACUCUCUUUAGAAGGAAAAAGUAAAAAAAAGAACUGUAAAUCAAGUCUUGCAGAGUUGUUCAGAAUAACAAUCAUCAGUAUCUUUGCCUCUACCUUCUUUUGAAUAUUAAUAUCAACUAGUGAUGGUAAUAUCCAACCAGAAAAAUGUCAUGUUGUGAUAUACUUGAUCAAAUGCAUAUUUUCUUAUCUUGUUUUGGAUUAUAUUAUUGAAGAGCAGCUCCGUUUUUUUUUUUUUUUAUUUAUUUUCACAUUUUCUAAUAAAAGUGGUCGGGAAAU